AUGGCGAAAAACGCCAAAGCCGAAAACCAUGCCUCAGAUGCAGAAAUGCCGUCCGUCGAGGAAGACCUCUACAAAGUGUUGGGCAUUGCAUCUGAUGCCACCCCAGAAGCAAUCAAAACUGCAUACAAAAAGAGCGCUCUGCGAAACCAUCCUGACAAAGUGAGCGAAGAUGCUCGCGCAGAAGCAAACGCCAAGUUCCAGCGUAUCGCACUGGCAUAUGGUGUUCUAUCCGAUGCGCGUCGACGAAGCGUGUACGAUCGCACGGGCAGCACGGACGAAGCCUUUGGCGAAGAUGGCGACUUCAACUGGAUGGACUUCUACCGCGAACAACUAUCGGCAAUGCUGGACUCGCGCGCGAUCUCGGACUUCCAGAAGAAAUACCAGCACUCGGACGAGGAGAAGAAGGAUCUGCUUGCUGCAUAUGAGACGCACGAGGGCAACAUGGAUGCUAUCUAUGAUACCGUGAUGCUGUCCAAUGUGCUCGAUGAUGACGAACGUUUCCGGGCUAUAAUUGACCAGGCCAUUGCCGACGAGGAAGUUGAGGACUUUGAGCGAUACUCCAAGGAGUCGGAGAAGAAGAAACAGCAGCGUGUGAAAAAGGCUCAGAAGGAGGCUCGGGAGGCGGAGAAGUUGGGGAAGGAGAUAGAGGAUAAGAAGAAGAAGAAAGCUUCGAAGGGGUCGAAGGCUGCGGCCAACGAGGAUGAUCUUCUAGCUAUUAUAACCAAGCGUCAACAGGAUCGGGGUGCAGGUUUCCUUGCUCGUUUGGAGGAGAAGUAUGCGCAGCCUGGCAAAAAGCGUGGUGUGGAUGAUGAGCCUCCUGAGGAAGCAUUUGCUGCUGUCGGGGCACGGAAGGCCACGAAGCCCAAGUCGAAGAGGGCUAAGGCUUGA